AGGCUGAUGGUUAUACCAGUUUAAGUUGAUCCAUGGCUAAAUCUGUUAUUAGCACAGCUAAUGUUGUUAGCACGUAUGUAUUAACCUAAUCCUGACACAUGAAAAUUUAUUACGCACCAAAUUUCUGUACAAUCAGUAAUGUACAACUAAUCUUUUAGUUGUAUUUUUGUUGCACAACACAAACAUAUUGAAUUACAAAAUUGUUUGUAAAAUUUUAUGUAAAUGUUUCUUUAAUUAGGAUGUUUUUAACACUACUGGUAAUCCUACCUCUGUUAUUUUCCUUUUCUAGGCAAUUUCUUUGUGAAAAGACGGAAGAUGUGACCCUGAUUUCUCAGUGCUUUACCAUUGAACUGCCAUUCAACUAUGGAUAAACUGGACCUAAUAAAGUUUUACUUUAACUUAGGCCUUGCCUAUAAGGACAUCCUUCGUAUUUUAAUUAGAAAACAUCAAAUCAUUCUCAGUUUGAGAACCUUAAAACAAGUUCUGAAAAAUAAUGGACUGUUUCGCCGAAUCCACUUUGACAGUUUAGAGGAAUCUGUUUAGUUCAUAAGAGAGCAGCUCCAAGGUUCGGGUGCUUUGCAUGGCUACAGAUGGAUGCACAGUAAGUGCAAAGAAAAUGGUUUGCACACCAGGAAAGAAGAUGUUCGCCUGAUUCUUUCAACUCUCGACCCCGAGGGCACACAAGCACGAAGAAGUAGAAGACUGCAUAGACGAGCGUAUUUUGCCAGGGGGCCAAACUUUGUAUGGCAUGUUGACUCAUACGACAAACUGAAACCCUUGGGUAUAUGCAUCAAUGGAGCCAUUGAUGGAUUUUCAAGGAGGGUUAAUGCAUACUUUACCAGCAGUGACCCCAAAGUUAUUGGACGUUAUUUCCUUGAGACCAUAAAGGAGUUGGAUGGAUGUGCUCGGAUCCUGAGAACCGAUAUGGGGACAGAAAACACCUCCAUUCGAGAUAUGCAAUGUUAUCUUCGUCGCAACAAUGAUGAUGCUCAUGCUGGUGAAAGAAGUUUUAUUUGGGGAAGAAGCACAACUAAUCAGAGAAUAGAAAGUUGGUGGGGCUUUCUCCGCAAAGAGUGUGUGGACUUUUGGCUGGACCACUUUCAAAGACUAAAAGAUGAAGGGUAUUUUGUUGGUGACUUUUUGGACAAGAACCUCAUGUUGUUCUGCCUCCUUGGACUGAUACAGGAUGAGUUGGACUCCACUAAAGAAACAUGGAACAGCCAUGUGAUUCGUCCAUCUAGUAAUGAACAUGUUCCUCAUGGGCGUCCUAAUGCAAUGUUCUUGAUUCCUGAACUUUAUGAGACUGAGGAUUAUUUGUGCCAAGUGUCAGAGGAAGAUCUGGCCAGGGGUGAAGAUGACUGUAUCCACCGCAGCAACAUUGCUUGUGAUGAUGAUGUUUUCACCCUCUGUACCCACAUUAUGGCAGAAAACAGUCUAAAUGUUCCUGUUGACGCAUACAUGGCCAUUGACCUCUAUCUCUUUUUACGAGGAGAAUUGAUCGCACUUUUAAACCCUGAUAGGUAAUGGCAAUGGAUUACUGCAUUUCUCCAGUGGAUGAUGCUGACAUACAACUGUCAUGCAAACUACACAUUUAGACCAACAGUGCCAUGUGACACAGACAUUUACGACUUGUGCAGCAUUCUGAUGGCUGAAUCAGAUUUGCAUUUUCAAAUGAUGUUCAUUAAGCUUUGAAAUUGUACUUGCACUUGAGGAAUGUGAUCACAUCCUCCGUGAUCUCUGAUGGCCAGAUGUGAAACAUUUAAGCAACGCAUUACAGAAUUGUUCAGAAGUUCUGCACGUUUUAUGACCAAACAUGUAUUGUUAGCCUUAAUGCUGAAAUGUUUUUAUUUUAUUUUAUUUGCAUGUUAUAAUGUAUUUGAACCUGAACAGUUACAUUACAGGUAUUUUUAAAAAUCUUUUAUGUAUUUUCCCUAACAAAAAAGUAAAAUCAUAUUGAAAGCCUUUGUUAUUAAUCUGAUCACUUUUUCAUGUUAGUUUUAAUAGUUUGACAUUGUUUUGUACAGUUUAAUAUGCCUGAAAUUUCAAUUUAUAUAAAAACGUAUUUAAACUUAAAAAG